AUGCCACGCAGACCAAGACCAGGGCUCCAGUCGAAGUUGUCCAAGCAACGUCCUGAGGGCGAGAAUGACACGGAGCUGUUGACGGUGGAUGAAGAUGUCCUGGGCAUCGGAUUCCAACGCACCCGUCCGGAGUUCUUCAAUCCGUGCUGGCAACUGAGAUGUCCCAGGAAUUUGGAGGGUGACGUGGAGGGAGCCGACAGCCAGGAUCUCUACUUCGCGCCUUCUACAGGAGUACUGCGGAAGGAUCCCAGUGAGGCGGCUGCCAGUUUGAUGAAAGAAGCAGGCUUUGCAGAGCUGGCAGCUGGCCUUGCAGCCACAAGCACAAGCAGUCUGUACCUUCAUCCUGCCAUGGCGCUGAAGCCGCUGAAGUCCUUGUUUCCACAGAUCGAUCCAAAUCCAAAUGCCAAUUUGCUGCCGGAAAGCUUAAAGUUGAGCGGCUUUGAGCAACGGAUCAUCAUCGUCGGUGGUGGACCUUCAGGGAUGCACAUGUCAGCGUGCCUAGCCGCCAAGGGCUACACCAAGGUGACUUUGUUGGAAGCAGAGCCGGAGAUCGGAGGCAAGUCGCUGACGGUUUAUGAUGAUGCCCUGCCCAGUGUGCCAAAUGAGAUGGGAACCUGCUACCUGAAUGCCCAGUACAAGUUAGUCAGGAGUCUCUUGGAAGAGUACGAUCCGGAGAAUACCGAAGAGGAAUUCGCCAACGAGAAGAAUGGCCGGAUGGCCUUCGGUGUGGUCAUUGCGGAUGAGGACAAGAGGAAGUACACGGAAGGACUGGACUACUCGGACUGGGUCAACGAGGAGGCGGAAAAGGUCAGUUGCCCAUCUUGUUGCUGGUGCCUUCCGGACUCCUUACAGGGCAUUCCCAUCUUCGUGGCCUUCGCCAAAUACCUGAAGAUUCACGUGGAGAUUUUCGGGCGAUACUCCUAUGGCAUGCCGCCCAAACCAAAGGACUGGUGUAGGAUCAACAUGACGGCACAGGAGUUUCUGAAACAGAACGGCCUGGAAAUCUUGACGCCCAUCUUCAUCUAUAGCCAGCAGGUCCAAGGUUAUGGUAUGUUGGAUCAGGUCCCUGCGUUCUACCUCCUUUGGUGGAACCAUCCGGACAUCGCCAGGAAUACCAUCGGUGCCAUCCUGGGUGGUCCGCCCAACCCGGGCUUGGCCUUGCUGAAGAACGGAUGGCAAUCCCUGUGGUUGAAGAUGAAAGAGAGGCACAGCAAAGAGGUGACGUACAUCACCAGCGCCAGCGUCACUGAGAUCAAACGCAGCCCAACGGUGGAGGUGACCUACCGACAAGGAGAGAAGUUGCACACUCUUCAGGGUGACGUGGUCAUCACUGCGAUCGACCUCUUUCGCUUCCGACACCUGAUCUGCGACCUGGCCCCUGAAGAAGAGCAGAUCUUUUCCCAGUUGCAAGGACAAAGCCUGACCACAACUUUGUACAAGGGGAAGACCACAGACCAUGAGCAUACGGUGGAAACCUGGUUCGGGAGGAUGGGCAUCAUGGAUGACGGCGUGGGCCAAUUCUACGCCCAGCGCAACAGCCGCAUGGCCGCGCGCCCCAACCUGCCGCCCAACGGCGUGGAGCUGCGGGUGGCCUAUCAAUACAUGCCCAAACCCUUGCAGACCGGAGACGAGGCAAAACUGGCGAAAGUGUUGAAGGAAAAUCUGAAAAGCUAUGCAGGAGAGCCUGAGGUGGAGAUUCUUCUGCAGAAGGCUUGGGGUUACUUUCCGCACUUCGAGAACGAGGCCUUGGUCAAGGAAUUUCCGUGGAAAAUCCUGGACCUCCAGGGCAAGAGGAACACCAUCUUCAUAGGCUCCUCGGUAUGCUAUGAGAGUGCCCUGGAUCAAGUGGCCUACAACUUGAUGUUGCUCAGCAAGAUGACGGCAUAA